AUGUCAACCCCAACCAAGCAACGUUUGGCCAACAGCGGCACAGGCCAGAGGACCUCUCCUUCCAGUUUGGAAACCAGAAUGGUAUUGCUGGGAAAAACAGGCAGCGGGAAGAGCUCCACGGCAAACACCAUUUUGGGACGUAGGGUUUUUGAUUCCCGGGUCAGUGGCUCCUCUGUUACACAGCGCUGUCGUCGUGCAUGUGGGGAGUUCAAGGGACGUCAUCUGACCAUCCUGGACACCCCUGGCUUCAUGGACACUCAGCAGACCGCUCAGGACGUGCACAAAGAGUUGAGGAGGAGCGUAACCCUGCUUUACCCAGGACCUCAUGUUUUUCUUCUGGUCAUUCGGAUUGGAAGAUUCACUCAGGAGGAAAAGGAAGCAGUCCGGCACAUGAAGCAGGCCAUGGGUUCUUCCAGCACAAGAGCUUUCACUGUGGUCAUCUUUACUCACGGAGACUUGCUUGAGAAAGGAGCAACAGUCCAGGAGUGUUUGAUAGACAGUUGCCCAGACCUGCAAGAGCUUGUCUCCAGCUGUGGGGGCAGAAUGCUUCAGAAAGCUGACGAUGAGUUGAAGCUUCGGUUUGAGACUCAGGUGAAGCUGAAGAGAAUGCUGGACACGGAUAUCAAAGAGUGGUAUGAAAGAGAACUACACGUGAUGGAGGAAGUGAGUAGGAACGAACUGUCUGAGAUACGGAGACAACUGGACGAAGAAAAGGAAAAAGCAUUAAGAGUUGCCAAGGAUCUGGAGGAAGCCUUCAGACUGGAGAUCAAAGAAAUUCAAAUGAGGAGUGAGGAGAGAAAAAUCCACGACAUGCUGCAACUGAUAGAAGUGCAAAGAAUGGAGGAGGAAAAGAGGGAAGCGCUUCAAGGAAAACUGGACAGCCUGAGCAAGAUGCUAGAAAGUCAGGUCAAACGCGAAGAGAACCUCAGAAGAGCAAUGGAAGAGAUGGUCCGUAGGAAUAGAGCUGAAAGAGAAAGGAAAGACAAAGACAAAGCAGCUCUGCAGAAAGAGGUGGACAAACUCAACAUGAGCUUAUCGGAGCAGAGGCGUCGGGACGAAGCCGGGCAGCAGCAAACUGAGGCCUACGUGAGGAGACAGCAGGAAGAAAGCAAGCAGGAAAUCUCUGUGCUAAUGGAGAAAUAUAGAACAGAAAGAAAGAGAGUUGAAUAUUUACAACGAGAGCUAAGAGCAAUUAAAAUAAAGAGUGACAAGCAGAGAACCAAAGACGACCGAAUGGAGAGAAUACUGCGCCCAAUGCUGAAAGAGGAGCCAGUGAAGACACACAGCACAAUGUCAACGGUGACAGGUUAUAUGCACGAGAUGGGGUUAAUGGGCGUCAAUGCAACACUUGAAGGAAUUGGAGCCCCGUGCUGUAUACAGUGA